GGCUCCAAUCUCCAACACCAACGAGAGCGGGCUGUAUACAGGAUGUUAGUUGACUGCUUCAAGCUGAAGAGGACACAAGUGCUGAGACCUUCCCACGCCCUCCUUGAAAGUAGCUGUUGUCUGAAUUGAUAAAAUCUAGUCAGAGGGCCAAGGGUGGCCUGUCACAGACAGGAUUUUGUUUGACUGUUGUUCAAGAAGGAAAGACGGCAUGUGCAGACUUGCCCAGAUGAAAGAGCACCUAACCAGGCACCCAACAAAGCAUUGCUGGGGAGCUGCUGAAAAAUGAGCUGCUCUUUGUGCAGAUGGGUAGUUACCAGAUAGCGAGGAAGAAGAAUGUGGCUAUGCUGGUGGCUGUCCACUGCUGCCAGUGUCACAGCCAAUGGGCAAAACCCACAAACACUCUGGGGUUUCUGUGAUAGCCAGCAUCAACAACAGCUACACUUGCAAACAGUCCCAAGCAGCUCUGCAAGGCACAGGGCACACUGCGCCUGCAAAGCACUGGGCAGAGGCUGCUGGGGAGGGGACUGCUGCAGCUGCUGCUGUUUGGAUCACUCCGUGUGCUUGGGCAGCAGAGCCUCAGCUCCCCUGAAGCAGGAAACCCCUGUCCCGGCUGCAGAAGAGUGCCCAGGAGAUGCAGUGACCACAUGCAGCUGAGUUCCAGGGCUGCUUCCAGAGCCAUGCUGCUGCGCUCGCAGGCCAGCACUGCGAGCCUGGCGUCAGACACCUACCUGGCUAAACUCCUGGACGGGCUCAGCAGCCUUCGCGCGCAGAGUGCACUGUGCGAUGUGACGCUGGAGGCAGAAGGGGUUUGCUUUCCAGCCCACAAGAUUGUUCUAGCUUCAGCAAGUAAUUACUGCAAGAUCCUGUUUGUUGGAAACUUGACCAGAGCGGGGAGCCCAGACACUAAAAUCCGGCUGAAAGCUGUCAGUGCUGCUGGGCUGAGGAAUGUUCUCAACUUCAUUUACUCCAACAAACUAGACCUCUCAUUGCAGAAUAUUGAGGAGACCUUCAAAGCUGCAGAAACCCUCCUUGUUCGGGAGGUGAUCAAGCUGUGCUUCUGCUUCCUGGAGGGUUGCUUGAACUAUGAGAACUGCAUGGAUGUUCUUAACAUUGUUAACAAACUCGGCCCAGCAGACCUGAGACAGAAAGCCAUGUGCUACGUAGGGCAGCAUUGCAAACAGAUCCUGGCUGAUCCGCAGCGCUUGAAAGACCUGGACCAAGGAACCCUUUGUGAAAUUUUGGGCAGGACCAACGCAGAGGGAUGCAGCGAGCUGGAGCUGUUCAGAGCUGCCAUGAGCUGGCUGCAGCAUGACUGCACACGGCUGAAAGAUGCAGCAGAGAUUUUAAGGCAUAUAAGAUUCCCUCUCAUUCCUUUAUGGGAUCUGCAGAGAUGUGUCCAGGAAAUGCCUCUUAUGAGGCUGGAUUCAGGCUGCCACAGGUACGUGCAGGAGGCUCUGAACUACCACUCCCAGCUGUAUGCUCAGCCAGUCCUGCAGACCCAGAGCACGAGCCUCCGUGCUGGUUCCACUGUGCUGCUUGUAGCUGGUGGCAGAACCACGACCAACCACGUGUGCAGAGAGAUGUGGGCUGCGGACCAGAGCUGCAGCUCCUGGUACAAGGUCGGGGACCUCUGCAUGCCAGUGUACAACCACUGUGUUGCCAUCAUCAAUGACUUUCUCUUUGUCAUUGGAGGACAGAGCAAAUUUGAUCCCACUGGAAAGCAACCAUCAAAUGAGGUUUUCCGAUUCGAUCCCCGCAACACCUCCUGGCUCCAGGUCGCCAGCAUGCUGCAGCGGCGGACACGCUUCCACGCAGAUGUGCUGUCUGACCGCAUUGUCGCCGUGGGUGGUGGGACACUGCUGGGGACCCUCACACGCACGGUGGAACUGUACCAGCCUGCUGACAACAAGUGGGAGUUCACAGCUCCCUUCCCCAUGCCUAUUGCUGAUCAUGCAGGCACGACCCACAAGGGAAUCCUCUACAUUUCAGGGGGUUUCUCUGGGGGUAAAACCUUAAGAGACACUUACAGCUACCUCCCUCGCCUCCGACGCUGGAUUUGCAAUAGUGCCAUGGCUUUCACCCGCUGUGAUCAUGGGAUGGCUACAGUCAGGGACAAGAUCUUUUGCAUUGGAGGAAGGACGCUGAAAGGAGUGGAGGAAUGGAUUCAUGUCAAUGAGAUGGAGUAUUACUGUCCUGGAAGCAACCAGUGGACAACGCUGAAGCUGCCCCCAUUCAACUGCUGCCAAUUCAGCAUCGCAGCCCACGACGCUACACUCUACCUUGCAGGAGGUGGGGCCCUGCAGCACAUGCAGAAAGAAGACAGUGUUUUCCUGUACAACACAGCGGGGUGUGUGUGGAAGAAAGCCAGUCCCCUGCCUAAAGCUCUGGUGGAUCAUGCCUCUUGCAUGAUUAAACUGCCCCAAGUGAAUGCAGCCGGUGGGACAGGGAGAGGCACCAAGUGCUUCCCUGCAUGCAGGAGGAAGAAAUCUGUUUUCAGCUUGUUCAUCACAAAGGAACCAGAGUUCCACUCUGCCUCAGAGAAGUAGGAUGUGAAUAUGUAAAGCAGAUCAACAGUGUUUGCUAAGACAUUAGUAUUUUAACAACUCUUCUAGCUGCCAGCCAAGCAUCCAAGCAUCUUUAGCAGUGAUUUGGAAUCAGUAGGUUUCUAACUCGGUGUUAUCAUGGUGACAUGCAUAAUUUAAAAAAAUUAGUUGCCAAUCCUCUUAAGCUGCAUUAAACCCAUAAGAAUUCCUUAAGUAAUUUUUUUGUCAUUCAGAACCUGUUUUUCUGAAUAACAACCAAGGUAGAACUUAUUUUUAAUGAGCAGCUUGAGAGAUUUUAUGAGAAAGUCUUCAAAAGAGCUUGAAUUCUCUCUCUAAUAAUUCCCUUACAAACACUGCUGGCUGACAAAUUAAGUAUUCACAGAGAUAUAUGAUGAUAAAUUUAAGAUUGUCUUGCCACUGGAUCAUAGGUCACUAUGAGGACAACCUUGUCCUCAACAAGCAGACCAGAAACCUUCCUUCAGUGAACAUGCACUGAACCUGUGACUGCUUGAGCAGAUGGGUAAACUUUUAGAAAAGAAUCGAGUACCUUAGAAGUCCACAUCUUACAGACAGUUACAGGCUAAGGGGCUG